AUGUCGCCCCUCGCCGUCUUCUUCUUCCUCCUCCUUGCGGCGGCGCUUCCACUCCCUCCUAUCAAUGGAUUCAAUCCAAGAAACGCGGAAGAAAUCAUUCAGAACAAGUGUACCGAAUGCCAGCGUUCUCCUCCGCCUCCUAAAGAAUGUCCACCAAAACCGCCGCCGUCUCCUCCUCCUCCUUAUUGUCCUCCUCUGCCGCCGUCCCCGCCGCCCCCGCCUCUGCCGCCGUCCCCACCGCCUCCUCUGCCGCCGUCCCCACCGCCUCCUCUACUGUCCCCACCGCCACCUCUUCCGCCGUCACCGCCGCCGCCUCUUCCGCCGUCACCGCCGCCGCCAUUUGUGCCGCCUCCGCCGCUAGCGCCGCCACCGCCGUUUGUACCUCCACCACCACCAACUAACGGUAGCGGUCAGUCCCUAUACAUAACCAGCCCGGAAUUGUACCCGAUCUACCACCCUAUUGACGGCGCGGAAAACCGGUUCGCCGCCGUGGGAUUAUUACCACUGGUGACCGGCGGUUUAUUGUUCUUGGGAUUAUUUAUGACUUAUUAA